CGUUGCUGUGGGGACGGGGGACGCGGCUCCGGGACCGGGUGAGCAGUGGGUAUGGAUAUGGACAGCGUGUUCUCGGGCUCUUCUCUGCAGAGCCUUGCCAGACUGCUCCGUGAUGCUCCAGAAGAGGAGGACGAUGAUGAUGAUGAUGUGCAGCCACGCUGUUCUUCUGUUGGUGCCAUGACUCCUGGGAGUGUUGGACCAGUAAAGAGAGAGACCACCAGUACUUUUCAAGUGAAAUCUGAAAACAAGAAAACCAUUUGGAGUACAGAGGAGGUCCCAGAAGGAUCUGAAUUUGAUGAUACCUGGGACCCGAGAGAAAAGCCAGAGUAUGAGAUUUCAUUCAAGCAGCAUGUGGGAACAGAGGAUGUCUUCUUUGGGAUGACUGGGAAAGACCCCUCCACUGCCUGCUGUGAGGAUAUAGUGAUUAAAAUCAAGCUGCCAGAGACAAAGUACUCAGACAUCACAUUAGAUAUCCAGGACAAGGUUCUUGACCUUCGAACUCCCAAAAAGAAGCUGCUGCUGCACCUCCCCUACCCUGUGAACAGCAAGGAGGGUAGAGCUCGUUUUCUCUCUGAAGAGGAGAUCUUGGAAGUCACCUUGAGAGUGACAAGGAAGCUGGAUUUCAUAAAUUUUUCAGAUGGGUAGAGAGAUAGAGAAAGUUUGCAACAACUAAAGUUCUAGUUUGAAGUCUUUUGGAAACCAAACUUGUUCUGAAAUAGUAGAUUGUUUCCCUGGAACAGUCCAGGGGAAUGUCUCUGGGGAAAUGAGUCAGGAGGAACACAGCACCCACAGGUUCUAACAGCUGAUGUUGUCUGGCUCUUACACUGCUCUGGUUAACAUUCUGCUUUCUUCAGUCUGGUACAGACCCUGUGAAUCAGAAAGAUUUCAGUUCUGUAAGCCAGAGAAAGCCUUUUGUGUGGUCAUGGCUGAGAAUUAGCACAGUGAGGCUCUGGACAAUGAGUCUGGUGCUUUGGUACCUGGUAAUGUCCUUGCUUGGUCUCCAGUGCUGGCACUGGGGCCAGAUCAGAAUCUUCUCUUGCCUUUUUUCUUGGUGAGAAGAUCGAAGUUCUUCAGGGAGCCAUGUCCACAUCUGAGGCUCCUUUACACUGGCAGAACAAGUUAACCAGCUGUAGCUGGAUUGCAGAACAUCUCAUCUCUUUUGAACAGGUUUUUGACAAUUUAUGGUUCAGUGUUGUCUAUUCAUCUGCUGUCCUUCCACCCAAUUUUCCUGAUCUUUCUUGCUUAAUAAAAUAAUAGGUUCUAAGGAACAGU